AUGUAUCCAUCUUCCUUGACUCGACGCAAAAGAGUCGAGCGCGAACUUUUUGACAUGUUGCAUUCGCCCAAUCCCGGUGAAUUCAUCUGCAAACUGGUGAAAUCACAAGGUAAUUGUCUCUUUACUGCGAUCGACGAGUUUGGAAACGACCUGUUACUCUCGAUUCCUGAACGAUUCAGAAGAGCCUUCUAUUUCUCCGCGGGGGACUACGCACUCUGUACUCCUUUAGACAAUCCUAAGGUGAAAGCUGAGAUACGUGCUUUGCUACACGACAAGCAAAUUGGCCAUCUUGUUCAACUGGGUUUCUGGCCUAAAUCGUUUCCUACGAAGCCUUUAGAAAAGCAUGAAAAUCAAGGCGAUCCCUACAUCUCGGAUGAUAUGUUACCGCCCUGCUCUGAUCAAUCAGAUUCUUCCAAUUCUGGCUCUGAAGAUGGUCAACACCAGGGUGAACCUUUGGACACGUACGACUAA